AUGGGGUUGCCGCCUUUUGAGGAAAAACCCCUGGCCAGGGUGCAGGCCUCACCUCGAGUGAAAAUGCGCCCACCUGCCCCGAGGUUGCCAUCUCCUCAGGGAAGUCGUCUGUAUGCCCAAAACGGAGGCAUGGCACAGUCCCCUGACUCCCCAGCGUGGGUUUGUACUCCAGCGAGAGUACCUGGGCAUGAUGAUGGCUUUAAGCCUAGCCCAGCAGGUCAGACGCAGCUGGAUACCUCCAGGGAGGAGGAGACCAGCAGGAUACUAAAAAAAGAUGAGGGCUUUAAAGACAGUACUUUGAUUGAAUUUGAACGUGUCUCAAACAGAAAUUUGAACAGUUACCAUGAGAACCAUAAAACUAUACACAAGAUAAAAGAGAUAAAGAACCAAGAUCAUAUGUAUGAAAAGGAAGAGAUCAAAAAUCGAGAUGAUAAAUCUGAUAAUCAAAAGAACAAGAACCUUGAGAAUACAUUUGAAAGACAAGAAAGCAAGAAUCAUGAGAAUGCAUAUGAAAGAGAUGAAAUUAGGAGUGUCGUGUAUGUUCAGGGAUCAUUUCAUCAGGGAGAUCCAAUGUUUUUGGGCAAUGCAGGAACUCAGUGCGUUCCUAAUUGUUUAGCAGGGCUAUCAUAUCAUAAAGUGAAAAACAGUAAGUACUGGAAUACAAUGGAUAUGAACAAAAUUUUAGUGACUGGUGAUGAAUUGUACACGUAUUUGCAAAGAAGCUCAGCAAUAAAUAAUAGGUAUUUACUUGUACAGGAACUACCACACUUCUUUGAAUGCUUUGAUCGAUCUUUUGAGUUUAGAACAAACGAGACAUUAUCAAGUGUGAUUUUGCCAGGAAAUGGAUUCAACUUUGCAGAGUUUGGUGCAUAUUCACUAGAUGAAGCAUUAGGUAUAGCUCUUGCUGAAACAGAUGGAUGCUUUGUAUGCUUUGGGGGAAGUACGCUAUUGAUUGGCAAAUCAGGAGAUAGUUUUUUCUCAUUUGAUUCCCAUUCAAGAUCUUUAAGAGGAUUGUUAAGUGUAAGAGGAAAGAGCUCAAGAGUUCUUUUUCAAAAUGUAGCUCAGGUCCAUCUUCAUAUUCACUCGUUGGCUAUAUCUAUGGGGUAUUCAAGAGAUGUUGAAUGCAAUGUUACUGGGGUACAUUGUAAAGUGGAUGACAUUUUGGAUGCUAGAAUUAAUGCGAAACAAACUCGGGAGCAUGUUGACUAUUUUGUCGAAGAGACCACUGAUAAUUCAUUCUCGCAAAAAGAAAGUAGUACUGAAUGUGAAAAUGAUGAAUUAGCUUUUGUUUCGAUUGAGUGUGAACAAUUCUUUUAUGUUCCUAUUGACUCUGUCAUGAAAAGGGACUUAUGUCAAGAUUUGAAUAUUCCUCUCAUAUGCAGUGGGAAUGGAGUUGACACUUAUUGCUCAGGAAAGAAACUUGACAAGCCUAGUUCUCAGCAGGAGAUUUUAGGAGAUGGCAACUGCUUUUUCAGAGCUGUAUCAUUUAGUUUGACUAAUUCGGAGGACUACCAUUAUGUCAUCCGUAGUGCAGUUUGUAAGCACUUGCUUGAAAAUGAGGUGGUAUUCAAACCAUUUUUAAGAACUGGAGAAAAUACUGUAAAAGAACAUCUGUCUAAGUCAUCAAUGUCUAAAAAUGGAACUUGGGCAACUGAGUUAGAAAUUUUAGCUGUGUGUCACCUGAUAAAUGUUGAUAUUUACACAUAUACCAGAAAUCAAUGGUUGAAGUUUUCAAUUGAGAAAGAGAGUCCACAUAUAAAAAGAAGAACUGGUGCAAUAUACUUGAAUCAUCAUGCACAAAAUCAUUACAAUGUUGUUCUUGAUGUUUGUGAAAAGAAUGUUGAUAUGACAGAGGAAACAGUGUGUGAAAGCAGAACAUUUGAUCCAAAGUACUCGAAAAAGAAAAUGAAAAAUCGUCAACGCAUGCAAGCAAAAAGACGUGUUUCUUCAAGGAUAAUGGAAAGACAAAAUACUGUGGAAAAGCGUAAGCAAUCAAUGAGGAGAAAGUAUCAAGAGGAUGCUGAAUUUCGGAAAAAGAAAUUGAAAGCUGCAUAUAUCAAGUACAAAGAUGAUGACGAAUUUCAUUCAGUUGUUAAAACAAGAAAUCGAGAAAGAUACGAAAAGGAUGCUUUGUACCGUAGCAAAACAAAAAACAGACGUCAGAAAGAAUAUGCAGAGAAUGAAGAAAACAGGAAAAAAACCAAGGAAGCAAGCUUAAAAAAGUAUGCUUCAAGUAAAGCACAUCAAGAAAAUGUAAAAAAUAGAAGCAUUAAGAAAUACUGGACUGAUGCUGUACAUAAAAAGAAUGUUAAAGCAAGAAGUGUGCAGAAAUACAAGACCAAUCUUGUUCAUAAGGAGAAUGUGAAGCAAAGAAGUGCAGAAAAAUACAGAACUGACACUGCACAUAAGAAGGAUCUAAAACAAAGAAGCAAAGAAAAAUAUAGAACUGAUAUUGUGUACAGAGGAAAAGUCAAAAAGAGAGCAAUAGAAAGAUACAAAAAUGAUGAAAUGUAUAGGGAAAAGAUAAAGAAGAGCAAUACGGAAAAGUACAGAACUGAUGAGAAAUACAGAAAACAAGUUAAUUUUACAAAGAGAUACAAAACUAAUAAGAAUUUCAGAGACAGAAUUCUUAAAUCCAAAGCAAGACUAUAUAGCACAGAUGACAGUUUUAGAUCAAGUGUUAAAGCUUGUAGUAAGAAACAAUACUAUUCUAGUUCUGAUGCUAAAAUUUUGAAGAAAAAGGCUGUUAAACAGCAAAGGGCAGCAAAACGUAUCAAGUUGGAAACUGAAGAAAAAGUGUUGGAAUUAUUUAAGGAAAAUGCUCUCAAAGGCAUCGAUUUUGUGUGCUGUUGCUGUCAUCGAUUAUUGUUUGCUAAUCAGGUACAGAAAUGUGAUCAUCAGCUUUAUUGUAAUAAUGAACGUUCAAGACAUGUUGCAGAUAUGUGCAUACAAGAAAAAUAUUUGCAUAACUGCACAGCUUCUUGCCCAGAGGGCUGUACCAGGUCAGAAUUAUGGAUAUGCUAUACAUGCCAUAGAAAGAUGUUGAGCGGAAAUAUUCCUGCAGAGGCAGCAGUCAAUGAAAUGUAUCUUGAGGAUAUACCGGAAGAACUAGCCAAUUUGAAUAGUUUAGAGCAGCAUUUAAUUGCUUUGCACAUACCUUUUAUGAAGGUAAUGGCUCUUCCCCAAGGUGGUCAAAGAAAUAUACAUGGCCCUGUUGUUUGUGUGCCUUCUGACUUGAAAAAAGCUACAAGUUUACCAUUAAAGCACGGCGAUGAUUUAUUAUUGCGAGUCAAGCUUAAAAGAAAGCUCAGUUACAAGGGUUACUUUGAGUACCAGUUUGUAAAUCCGAGCCACAUAUUUACAGCUCUAAGUUAUUUAAAAAAAAGCAAUCAAUGGUAUGAAAGCAUCGAAAUAAAUAAUAACUGGGAUGGCGACUCAAAUGAAGAUGAGGAGGUGAAAGUAAACCAUAACAUGACAGUAGAUGAUAUUGAUGAACAUCAUCAGAUUGCAAUUGACACUUGUCUACAACCUGCGGAUAUUGCUCAGGAGGUUUUAGACCAUUAUUUUGAUGACAUUUACAAUAUUGCGCCCGGAGAAGGAAAGAAUCCAGUGCGGAUGUUGCAGGAACCAGGAAAUGAAGCAAAAGCAUUUCCCUGUCAUUUCCCUAGUGGAAAAUUUACUUGGAAUGAAGACAGAGGAACAAGAAUAACACUCUCUAGAUACUUUAAUAACAGGUUAAUGAAUGCAGAUGGUAGAUUUGCAAAAGAUAGCAAUUACAUAUUCUUUUGUCAGUUCAUGUCAGAAUUGAAUCAAGUCAUAGAGAAAACACAGAUUUCGGUACGAAAAUCAUUUUCAAAAAUGGGAAGUGAGAAGUUAGUUACUUCAAGCAUGUUGCAAGAUCCAGAAAUUCUCUCAAGGUUAUUACGAAAUGAUGAAGCGUUAAGAUUUAUGCAGCCUAUUCGUGGAACACCAGCAUAUUGGUCGACUGCUCAAAAGGAUCUUUUUGCAAUGCUCCGCCAAUUAGGAAUUCCAACCUGGUUUUGCUCUUUUUCUGCAGCUGAACAUAGAUGGAAUGAUGCAGUUAGAACCAUAAUGAGACAGGAAAAUGACGAUAGAGAUCCAGAAAUGUUGGACUGGUCUGAAAAGAAUGAGACAUUAAGAAAAAACCCAGUGACUGUUGCCAGGAUGUUUGAGCAUAGAUUCCACGUCUUUCAUAGAGAUGUUUUAUCUUCUCCAUCUGAACCUAUUGGAAAAAUCGUAGAUUAUUUCCAGAGAGUUGAAUUCCAGCAAAGAGGAUCACCUCAUAUGCAUUGCUUGUACUGGAUUGAAAAUGCACCUAAACUUGACGAACACGGAAAGGAAGCUGUUUGUGAUUUCAUAGAUAAGUAUGUAUCUUGUGAAUUGCCAUCUGAGAAUGAGGACCCAGAGUUGAGAAAUAUUGUGUUGGCAGUACAACAACAUAGCAGGAGACAUUCAAAAUCUUGUAGAAAGAAAGGAACAGAAUGCAGAUUUAACUUUCCGAGGCCUCCCUCUCUACGCACGUUUAUUAGUUCACCAUGUGAGAAUGACAAUGACAGUGCACUGAAUGGUGAAGAGAAUACAGAUACUAAAUCGACCAAAUCCAUUGCAAAAGACAUUUUAUUGCGUGUAUGGGAGGAAGUCCAAAACGAUUCAAAUGAAUUCAAAAGUUUAGAAGAAAUUUUCAGUAAUUUGUCUCUGUCUCAAGAACAGUAUGAAGAAGUACAUAACAUGUUAACAAAAUCGAGAUCUAUUGUUCUUAGAAGAAAUCCUUGUGAAAUGUGGAUUAAUCAGUACAAUCCAUGCCUUUUGAAAUGUUGGGAUGCCAACAUGGAUAUUCAAUUUGUACUGGAUCCAUUCAGUUGCAUUGUUUACAUUAUUUCAUACAUUUCAAAGUCAGAGAGGGAAAUGGGGAUGUUACUGAAGCAAACAAAAGUAGAGGCAGAAGAAGGAAAUCUUGAUGCCCGUGAAACUUUGAAAAAAAUAGGGUCAGCAUAUCUACACCAUAGAGAAGUCAGCGCACAGGAGGGCGUGUACAGAGUUUGCAAUUUAAAGAUGAAAGAAUGUUCUAGGAAAGUUGUGUUUGUGCCAGUAGGUGAAAACCCCACCCGUUUAAGUAAACCACUAUCUCAACUAAAAGGACAUAAAGGGGAAGUUCAUGAAAAUGGAAACGAGGAAGAUGACGACGAAAACGAGAUUUGGAUGACAAAUAUAAUAGAAAGAUAUGAAAAUCGUCCAAACAAACCACUAUUUCAUGGCAUGUGCUUAGCAGAAUUCUGCUCUAUAUUCAGAGUGUUAGCUAAAUCCCAGAUUCCCAAAACUCAAAAUGAAAAUGUUUUUGAACUGCAAAACUCAAAGGGAUAUAUUCAAAAAAGAACAAGAACAAAACCAGCUGUUAUAAGGUAUCCAAGAUUUAGCGUUGAAAAAAUGCCCGAGAAAUAUUUUCGGUCUCUAUUGCAGCUAUUUCUGCCACAUUGGAAUGAGGCUCAGUUAAAACCCCCUGGAUUUGAUUUAUAUGAAGGAUUUUAUGAAACUGGUCAUAUAAGAAUAAAAGGAAAACGAAGUGUCCAGUCUGUCAAAUCAAUAGUUGACAUUAAUCAUGCACAAUAUGCAGAAAAUGAGGAUGUGAUCACAGAAGCUCAGGAGACUUUUGAAAACAUUGGAGAACCUGAAGAUGCAUGGGCUAGCCUUUGUCCUGAAUCAGAAUUAAUUAGACAGGAAUGUUCUGUAGAAAAAGAUAAAAUGCACAGCUUAGAUGAACAUAUUCCAGAAGUAAUACCUGAUAUACAAAGUCAGAAAAAUUCUGAUGUGCUUUUUGAAAUUCAGCAGAAAAAUCAUUCUAAGGAUAAUAUAUUACCUGUCUUGCAAAGCCUGAAUGAAAAGCAGAAGGAGGUGUUUUACCAUGUCCGUGACUGGUGUUUAAGGAAAAUAGCUGGAGAGAAACCAGAUCCAUUGCAUGUUUUCAUAACAGGAGGAGCAGGAACAGGAAAGAGUCAUGUCAUUAAGGCUGUAGAAUAUGAGGCAUCACGAUUAUUUUCUAGAAUAAUGUCCUCUCCUGAUGGUAUAUCAGUACUUCUAACAGCUUUUACAGGAACAGCUGCGUUCAACAUAGGUGGAAAUACCAUUCAUCACGUGUUUUCCCUGACCAAGUAUUUGCCGUUACCGUACCAGCCACUUAAAGAGCAAAGUCUAAGUGAAAUAAGGGUGCAUCUUCAAGACUUGCAGAUUCUAGUAAUAGAUGAAGUGUCGAUGGUGUACAAAAAACUCCUUUAUUACAUUCAUGAAAGACUUGUUCAAAUAAAGAAGUGCAAAGAGCCAUUUGGUGGUGUAAGCAUUAUCGCUGUAGGUGACUUUUAUCAACUCCCUCCUGUAAAACAACGAAAAGAUGAAAGAUUGUUCAAAGAAAAUGCUUCAUAUCCUGUGGACUACUGGAGAGAUUUUUUCAAAGUUGUUGAACUGAAUGAAAUCAUGAGGCAGCAGCAAGAUAUACCCUUUGCAACAGCUUUAAACUCACUUCGAAUUCGAGAAGCAGAUCAACCGUUAGCAAGCGAAGCACAAUCAAUGAUUCAUGAGUGUAUAAGAGAGGGACCAGAGGAUGUUCUUCAUGUGUAUCCAACAAAUGAAGAAGUAAACAAUUAUAACCUCUCAAUGUUAAGAAAAAAUUGUGAAGAUCUGGUCGAGAUUGAAGCAAAGGAUUUCCAGAAAAAUGCAACAACCGGGAAAUUGAUUUUGAGAGAGAAACCAUUCAGAAGCUCGAAAAAAGAUAAUCUUUGUAGUAGUUUACUUAUGGCUGUAAAUGCAAGGGUGAUGCUUACCAGAAAUUGUAAUGUAGAAGACGGACUGGUCAAUGGAGUUAUGGGAUAUAUUUCUCACUUCCAAUGUGAAAAGAACUCAUCUAAUAUUAUAGCUAUAGGAGUAGUCUUUGACAACAAAACUGUCGGUAAUAAAACAGGUAAAAGAACUGAAAAAGGAAAUGUUGUGCUAGUUCAGAGGGUUCAGGAAGAGAUAAUUGAAAAGAAAUUAAAAACAGUUGUAAGACACCAAUUCCCCUUGCGGUUAUCCUGGGCAUGUACAGCUCAUAAAGUACAAGGAAUGACGGUUGAAAAAGUUGUGGUUAAUUUAGACCGAAUGUUUUCACCAGGACAAGCGUAUGUUGCACUGACAAGAGUAACAUCCAAAAAGGGGCUGUUAAUUGAAACCAAUAAGAAACAAGAAUUGCAGAGGAAAGUGUAUGCUGAUUCAGAAGUGAAAACAGCACUAGCUGAAAUGCCCAGAGUAAAGCUUUCAAAAUAUUCCAUCAAACCAUCGGAUAAAACAAUUAUUUUCCACAAUGUCCAAAGUUUAAAUGGCCAUUUUUCAGAUCUUCAACAUGACAUCCGAUUCAGGGAAGCAGAAAUUAUUUGCCUGACUGAGACAUGGUUAAGACCUGAUCAGUGCACAACAGAAUUCGAUCUGGGAGGAUUUGCUUUUCAUCAUACACCUAGAAGAGAUGUAUAUGAUGAAAGCAAUGCCCAAGUACAAAAAUUGCGUGUUUCAAAGGGUGGAGGUGUGGCACUAUACACCAAACAAAGUCAAAAUAAGAAAUUAGUCAGUCAACUACCAGAGAAGAAUAUAGAAAGUAUGGCCGUAAAAUUAAUUGAAAAUGAUAUAACUGUUGUUACUGUGUAUCGCCCAAGCACCCUCAGUAUGUCUUAUUUUCUGGAGCGACUCCAAAAGCUUGUAGAGCAUUUCAGAUUAUCUACAAAACAUCUCAUUUUUGUUGGGGAUUUCAAUGAGGACGCAAAAUGUGUAGGGCCAAUUCAGACUUUAUUGAAUAAAGAAGGUUUCAGACAACUUGUAAAAUUCUACACAACAGAAAGUGGAACCAUUCUUGAUCAUGUUUACGUGUCUGGGGCCUUGCAGGUAGAAGUGAUGAGGCUACCAACAUAUUACAGCUACCAUGAUGCCUUAGCCAUGACCAUUGUAACAGCUACUUCAUUUCCUUGA